UCUACAAAAUGGCCACCAAAGGCCACGUGUUCCAAUUCGAUUGAAACCCGAGCGGGCGUGGCGACGAGAGGCAACCCUCAUUCAGUCGGUGGGUUAGCGGAACGCGCUUGCAGGACGCCCGGCCCAUUCACUGGCGCGCCUCUCGAACUUCGGCUGUCUAACGCUCCGUGCUCUCCAUCUUCUCGUUUCCCAGCUGAGGGAGUCGGGGAGCGCCAGAGGCUCAGAGCAUCACCAGGUUCCUCCUCCUUGUGCCCGGAGGGAGAGGUUUUCCGGCACUGCGGCUCACCGUGCGAAAAGAGCUGCUCCAACCCCAUCGGAGAGAUCAGCUGUGAUGAGGAGUGCGUUUCGGGCUGCUUCUGCCCCGAGGGCUCGGUGCGGAACGACCACGGGUCACGGGAGUGCAUAGCGAGGCGCCAGUGCCCCUGCGUGUACAGAGGCUCCAAGUACCAGCCUGGGGACACGACGCAUGACGCCCUGGGCUCAUGCACGUGCACGGGCGCCCACUGGCAGUGCCGCUCUUGGCCGCGGGGAGGCGAGUGCUCCGUUGAGGGUGCGGGCCUCCUCACUUCCUUCGACCUGGCGUCCCAUCGCCUCCUCACCGAGGGCGACUACAUCAUGGCAGCGACAUCCGAGUGGAGUGUGCAGGUCUUCACACGCGAGGCAGACUGGGGUUUGCCACAGCUGGAGUCUGUGGCUCUCCUCACGCCCUCGGACUCGCUGGAGUUCGGGAGGGACGGCCUGGUGUUCAAGGAAGAGAGUUUGCUGCCGCUGCCGUAUCGGUCAGACUACCUGAAGGUCUUCCGCCAGAGCUCGGACUACAUCCAGGUGAUCACGCACUUUGGGCUCAAGAUCCAGGUCCAGCUCCAACCGAUCAUGCAGGUCUACUUGAGCCUGCCGGACGCGAUGCAGGGGCACGUCACGGGACUGUGCGGCAACUUCAAUGGGGAGGAGGCGGACGAGCGCGUGACGCCGCAGCGAGUGCCCGAGGCGAGCGAGGCUGCGUUCCUCGCCUCCUGGAACCUCCUGCAGGGAGUCUCCCACCGCCGCUUCACCCACGGAUCCAAGACAUGCGCGGACGACGAGCUCAAGCGCAGCUGCCACGGCGAGAUCUUCUCAGACGUCUUCCGCGACUGCCUGGGCCACCUCGACCCCACUCCGCACCUUCAGAGCUGUGAGUUUGACGUGUGCCACUGUGAGAGGAGCGAGCCGUGCUACUGUGCGGCGCUGGGCUCUCUGGCUCGGGCCUGUGCCCUGCGCGGGGUGCCCGUGUACAACUGGAGCCGCGGAGUCUGCGAGGAGUCGUGCCCGGCCGGGCAGCAGUUCUCCUACUCGGUGGACUCGUGCCGGAGCACGUGCCACGGACUCGGGGAGCCACACGCCUGCGCCGGGGAGGGGCCUUCUACAGGCUGCGUGUGUGCAGAGGGGACUUUCAUGGACCACGAGGGAGCGUGUGUUCCGGGCAUCGAGUGCCCAUGCUACACAGGUCACGACAUUGUCCCGCCUGGGAAAUUCUACUGGGUCGGCGAUCUAGCCUGUGCUUGCGAGUACGGAGUUCUCAGGUGCGAAAACCCCAUCACCAUGCUCGGCGGAAGAAUGCGACGUGAAAGCCCCCUCCAGGUCGAAAAUGCCCUCCAACUUCUGGUCGAUGGCAGCGCCCUGAGAGGCAGGAGCCACGUGAAGGCCUGCGAGAGGACCUGCCAGACCAUCAACUUGCCCUGCCCGCCGUGCGAAUCGGACUGCCCAUGCGGGGAUGGACUCAUCCCAGACGACAACGGCAACUGUAUCCCGCCGGAGGAUUGUCCGUGCCGGCACCACGGCAUUGUCUAUGGCAAGGGGGAUACAAUCAAGGUGGACUGCAACGUGUGCACGUGCGGCGGCGGCGCGUGGAGCUGCAACUCGGCCGAGUGCCCCGGCACGUGCCGCAUGUACGGGGACGGCCACUACGUCACCUUCGACGGCAAGAGGUUCGUCUUCGACGGGAACUGCGACUCCAGCAUCGUGCAGGUGGGCACCAGAACGGACGCGCCUUGCUCACGCACGCCACGGGCUGACGUCGUGCGAGUGAACGCAUUAAUUUAUAAUUAAUCCGUAACAAUAAUUUGUGACUAUCAGGCGCCUUUCACGAUAAAAUCUCGAGGCGCCACGCACAAAGAAGAA